ACUGACAUGCGCCUGGAAAGGAGACUUCAUUUUCCACGCCCGCUUUUGCACGACACAAGCGUUGGAGCUCUAUGUCAUUUUCACAUCGCUACCCGUUAAACGCACUUUUCUUCGAAAUCAACUGUCGACGUACAGUUAUCUGGAAAUGAUCUCCGAGCUGUCCAACCCCUCAGUGUGUAUGAGGGACCCGCAGAGAGUCCAAGAGAUCCUCCAGUGCAUGCUGAAAGCGGGUUCAAACACGUUACAGGUCAUCUCAGACUUUGACAUGACUCUCACGAGAUUUGCGUUUAAUGGUAAAAGAUGUCCCACUUGUCACAAUAUUCUCGACAACAGCAAGCUAAUCUCUCAAGAAUGCAAAGGACAGUUGAAAGAUCUGUUGAACACGUACUACCCCAUUGAGAUUGACUCGUCACGCUCCAUCGCUGAGAAGCUGCCGCUCAUGGUGGAAUGGUGGACCAAAGCGCACGAGCUGCUGGUGCAGCAGAAGAUCAGGAAGGACCUGCUGGCCACGGUGGUGCGAGAGUCUGACGCCAAGCUCAGGGAGGGCUACCAGCUGUUCUUUUCACACCUGCACCAGCAGAGCAUCCCUCUGCUCAUCUUCUCGGCUGGCAUCGGCGACAUCCUGGAGGAGGUCAUCCGCCAGGCAGGAGUCUUCCACCCCAACGUCAAGGUCUUCUCAAACUACAUGGACUUUGACCAGGCCGGCGUGUUGAGGGCCUUCAAGGGCGAGCUGAUCCACAUCUACAAUAAACGGGAGGGCGCCCUACUCAACACGGGACACUUCCAGGAGUUGCGAGCCAGACCCAACGUGCUCCUGCUCGGAGACUCUCUGGGCGACCUGACCAUGGCCGACGGUGUGCAUGAAAUGGAGAAUGUCCUCAAGAUUGGCUUCCUCAAUGACAAGGUGGAGGAGAGGAAGCAGUCGUACUUGGACUCUUACGACAUUGUGCUGGUGAAGGACGAGACCCUGGAUGUGGCCAACGCUGUGCUGCUCUACCUCACGGGAAACGAGUAACGCGCUUUUGAUUUCGGGAGACGCCGGACACUCCCAAUGGACUCUUCCUGUUGUUUUCACUUCAGUCCUCCUGUUUGUAUUCUACUUCCCGUUUGUUGACACGGGAUGCGUACGCGCUUGGGCAUGGUGCCACUGCAGAACACGCGAUGUGUUUUUAAAGAUUCUAUUUUUUUUCAAUUCUAGACUGGACACAUCCAGUCAGUCCUUACAUGAAUGUGAUGUCAUUUUGUCACCUGUGUUUUAAAGGACACUUGGGGGGUAAAAAAAAACUAUCUCACAAAAACAUUUUCUUUAGACUCUUCAUUAAGUACAACAUUCAAUACAAGAACGCUGGAAGAUGAGGUUGUUCCGCUUCCGUCUCGAAGUUGGCAGGUUCCGAGUUUGAAUCCCGGCGGUAGUUUUCUGAUGUGAGACGGCGGAGGUGUAACUCAUGUUGCGUCCUUUUCAUUAUUCCAUAUAGUGGCUUGGUGGACAUCACAGUGUGCAGAUAGCUCGGGGGGCGGGGGGGAUCUUCUUUUACAACUCGUCCCUCUCGUCCGUUUGUAGCGUCACCUCCUGGGCGACGAUCUUCCCGUCCUUGUCCAGAUCCUGACUGUUGAACAUGUCCCGGAUGAUGUCGUCUGAUGGCACGCCGGGCCUCAGGCGGCCGUUGCCCCGCUGCACUUGCAGCAUGAUGAAGUCGGAAAACUGCGAGGAAGAGGGGGACUUCAUGUUACAAUUUUAUGAUUUACAGAUAUGAUUACACAGGGUUCCCAUGGGUCCUUAGAGUUAAUAAAAAUCUAUAAAAAAAUAAGUUGGAAAAUUAUGUUCUUAAUUUUCCUUAAUUUUCAGGCAAAGCUUCUAAAAUCAAUAAAAAUCCUUCUAAAUUAA